UGAUGUACGAUUAAAUCAACUGAGCCUCUGAACCAGAAGCCAAAAUGUAAAUGCAUUUUUCGCCUCACAGAGGAAAUCUGCUACUAAAUGGAAGGAAGAAAAGAAAGAAAGGAUGUGAAACCCCAAACAUGGUGAAGAUAAUUCUUUUUUCUUUUGGGUUGAUUUGUUUGCAAAAAGCUUUUUCCUGGACUCCAGGGAAUAGCCAUCGCUCCUGUUUCCAUCACUUACGUCUUUCUCCAUUAUUCUAUUACUCAACUCCGGAUAGCUCUCAACAUCCGCAUCGCCUGCCUGUCAAAACUGCGAUUGUACGGAUUCAAUUUCCAAGCAAAGGAAACCAGGAGAGAGCUAAAAAACCAGGGGGGGGAUCCCCCUCUCCUUCCCACCCGCCUCCAGACAACGCCUAGAAAGGGACGCCUUGGAUCCAACGCCUGCGGAGAAGGCGAGAAAGGCUUUCGGGGAAAAGAAACUGCAAACGGGAGGCUACAGACCCUUGCAAAGCUUUGAAGAUCACUGAGUCUUAGGACGUUUCUUUUCAUCCGCCAUGUCGGGCAUCCUGGGCAAAAUGCGGAAACUGGGCAGCUCGGAUCUGGAGGAAUCGGAAGGCGUGGCGGAUGACCACAUGGACGGAGAGGACUCGGCCGCCGGCACCCCAAACAACAGCACGAGGGCCACGAAGCAUGGCAUCUUUGCCAGGCGGGCGCGGUUUGGGAUCGGGGAUGGCGACAAAGACAUGGCCCCCAUGGACUCCUUCUACCAGAUGGACCACCUGGCCUCCAACCCCAUCAUUAAGUUCAGCCUCAGUUUGGAGAGAGGGAAAUGCGGGAACCACUGUUCCAAUCUCCUGUCCACGGCUUCCCUUGGUUUGCGGGCCGAGAAAGCGUUCAAGAUCUACAACCGAAGGCGCGUCUUUGAUGCGGUGGCGCAGGGGGAUCCGAGCGACUUGGAUGACCUCUUGAUUUACCUUGUGGAGACGACGAAAAAUUUGACAGACGAUGAAUUCAAAGAACCAGAUACUGGGAAAACAUGUUUGCUGAAAGCUAUGCUGAACCUCCAUAAUGGCUGGAAUGACACCAUCCCAGUCUUGUUGGAGAUCGCCGAGAAGACAGACAACCUGAAGGAGUUUGUGAACGCCGAGUACACAGACAGCUACUACAAGGGUCAGACUGCCUUGCACAUUGCCAUCGAGAGACGGAACUACUACUUGGUGGAACUCCUGGUCAAGAACGGGGCGGACGUCCAUGCCCAAGCCCAUGGGGAAUUCUUCCAGAAGAUAAAAGGGAGACCUGGAUUUUAUUUUGGUGAGCUUCCUCUCUCUCUGGCUGCCUGCACUAACCAGCUCAACAUUGCCAAAUACCUCCUGGAGAACCCCCACCAUCCGGCCGACAUUGCGACCCAGGACUCCAUGGGCAACACCGUUCUCCACGCCUUGGUGGAGAUCGCUGACAACACCGAGGACAACACCAAGUUCGUCACAAACGUGUACAACGAAAUCCUCAUUCUCGGAGCCAGGAUCAACCCUACCCUCAAGCUGGAAGAGAUCACUAACCACAGUGGGUUGACGCCACUGACGCUGGCAGCCAAGACCGGGAAGAUACAGGUCUUCGCCUAUAUCCUCCGACGGGAGAUGAAGGUGCCCGAAUGUCGCCACCUCUCUCGCAAGUUCACCGAAUGGGCUUAUGGGCCCGUCCACUCGUCGCUGUACGACCUUUCCAGUAUCGAUACGUGUGAGAAAAACUCCGUUCUGGAGAUCAUCGCUUACAGCAGUGAGACGCCGAAUCGUCACGAAAUGCUUCUGGUGGAGCCUCUCAACCAGCUCCUCCAGGACAAGUGGGAUGGCUUUGUGAAACACCUUUUUUAUUUCAACUUCAUCGUUUACGCGGCCCAUAUUCUCAUCCUCACUGUCGCGGCCUACUUCAGACCGACGCGCAAAGAUGGGACGCCCCCCUUUGCCUUUCGCCACAAGACCAGUGAAUAUUUGCGAGUCACGGGGGAAAUCCUGAGCAUCCUGGGAGGCGUCUAUUUCUUUUUUAGAGGGAUCAAGUAUUUCAAGCAGAGAUGCUCAUCCUUCAAGGCAGUCUUUACGGAGAGCUACAGCGAACUUCUUUUCUUCCUCCACUCGGUGUUGAUCCUCAGUUCGGCGGUGCUUUAUUUCAGCAAACAGGAGCUCUACGUGGUCUUCAUGGUCUUUGCCUUGGCGCUGGGCUGGAUCAACCUGCUCUUUUACACCCGCGGGUUCCAGCAGAUGGGCAUCUACUCUGUCAUGCUGGAGAAGAUGAUGCUGAGAGAUCUCUUGCGCUUCAUUGUGGUCUUCCUGCUGUUCCAUUUUGGCUUUUCGACAGCGGUGGUGACCCUAAUCGAGGAAGACGACGAGAAGCCGGAAGGGCUGAACCACAGCAGCCCCCUCUGCCUCUGCCAGGGCAAGCGCCGCCCUUCCUACAACAACUUCUACUCCACCUGCCUGGAGCUGUUCAAGUUCACCAUUGGGAUGGGCGACCUGGAGUUCACGGAGAACUACCGCUUCAAGUCCGUCUUUGUCACCCUGCUGAUCAUCUACGUCAUCCUCACCUACAUCCUCCUCCUCAACAUGCUCAUCGCCCUGAUGGGAGAAACCGUCAACAAGAUCGCCCAGGAAAGCAAAAGCAUCUGGAAGCUCCAGAGAGCCAUCACCAUCCUGAACAUCGAGAACAGCUACUGGAAUUGCAUCAUCAACCCUUUCCGAUCCGGGAAGCAGGUUUUGGUUGGGACGACCCCGGAUGGCAAGGAUGACUACCGCUGGUGUUUUAGGGUCGACGAGGUGAACUGGUCCACAUGGAACACCAACCUGGGCAUCAUCAAUGAAGACCCCGGGGGCUGCAAUGAAGAUCUGAAACGAAACCUGAGCUUUUCUCUCAAACCAGGCCGAGUUUCAGGGAAGAACUGGAGGACGCUGGUGCCGAUCCUGAGAGACGGAAAACGAGAGGGGUCACUGAAACCCAUUUCGGAAGACUACGCAGAUUCAGAAGUGCAUGUAGUCCGGAAGAAAUCGCUCCCCAACCCUGUUCUCUAAUUUUGUGGAUGUGGAGAUGGAAGAAGCGGAAGACGAGUCCCAGAAGCUUCUCUGUGUCGCUGCCCAAAAUAUACCCAGCGUUAAGCAAGCAAGGUAUCUGUGUCACGUCAACCUCACUUGUCAUGUCGUCAUUUACUACGCAUUUACUUACUGUCCCCACUGCUCAGUAGUAUGUGGCGGCUUCCAAACCCAGGGACCCAAAGGAAAGCCUUUGUAAAAAGCUUACAUCCAAAUCCACUGAAUGAGCGGACACCAGAUUCCCUUUUGAUUCAAUGGAUCUGCCAUAACCGGAACUAGCAAUUUGGGUUCAAAUCUGGAAGUUUCCUUCCGGCAAGAUGCUUUCCGUCGCUGUGUUUUUGUCACUUUAAAAGCCCACUGCUGUGUUUGUAUUGUCUUUGUUGACAUGUACGCUGCCCCUGCCAACAUUUUUGUUUUGUGUUGUUUAGUGCGCAGAGUAGAAAACUGUGUAUAUCAGUGUAUGGUUGUGAUGAACUCAAGAGACAAAGAUGCUUGAAAUGAUGGUCCUGGUUCCAUCCAGAAGGAAUAAGGCAAAGAGAGCUGCUUCAAUCCAAAACACUGAGUGGCAUUAAGAAAAAUAGACCUAGAGGUGGGUGAGAAUUUCAUUUCAUUUCAAUUAUUAUUAUUAUUAUUAUUAUUAUUAUUUACAGUUAUAAAAUUAGUGAUGCCACGGCCACCAUAGUUUCAUUUUUUGUUAUCCUUAUCUUUAUUUCUCCAUUGGAUUUAUAUUCUGCCUGCCUCCCAACAUGGGUCAGCUUUACAACAAGGUUGAGAUAAGGUAUAACUAAGGUCUGUUACAGACUGCCAAAAUAAAGCUGC